CGUGUGUUUGACCUUUUUGGACGGCCUGCGUGGUGAGUUUGGUUUCCAAUGGAAGUGGAGAGCCAGCUGCGGCGCCUGCGGAAGAGUUUCGAGGAGCAGGCACAAGAGCUGUGCAGGCUAUCCUCGGAGCUGGGCCACCAAAGCCGCAUCGUGAAGGUUUUGGACGAGUCUUUGCAGCAGACCUCGCAGCAGACCUGCUCACUGGAGUACCGCCUCUCCAACCUGGAGCACGAGAGGGAGGUGCAGCAGCGCUCUACGCGCAGCGCUUUUGAGUCCCUGGGCGCUCGCGUCACGGAGCUGGGCUUAGAGGUGGCAGAGCUGCCGACGGCUGAGGAGAUCAAGGACGGCUUCCGGCAGCUGGAGCAUUCCAUCGCGUGCUGCGAAGCCCAGCUGCGGCAAGAGUUGGGCGAGGCGAUGCGUCAGCUCAGCGUCACCACAGAGGCAUCACUGAGCCACCUCCGCAAGGACUCAGACCUUUGCCGACGGGAUCUUGAUGUGCUUCACAGGCAGCUUUGGGGAGACGAGAUACCAAGCGCACCCAAGGCGCUGGAGCAGACAGAGCCGUCAGCACUAGCCGCGGAGAUCACUGUCAGAGCGCCGUCCCAGGCGCUGCCGGCGUUGCCUCCCCUGGCAAAGCGGUUGGGGCAAGCAGAAGAUCGGCUUCAUGCUCUGGACCACCGCAACAAGGCCCAGCACGAGGAGGUGAUCCAGAGGCUUGCAUUGAAGGCGGAUGAGGAGGACAUGAUCCGGCAAAUGGCGCGGAAGUCGGACCUGGGUCACACCCACGAUUGUUUGGUAUCUGCAGACGGGUCAUCGACCUUUGCGCUGUAACAUGUCUCAUGCCUUGCGGCAUGCCAGAGGGUAACUUUGAAUGACGCGCGCUUGAGCUAAUGCUGUGAAAAGGUUGGCUGCCUGAAAUGAGGGCUGGCCAGCUCGGGCUGCCUGCCUAUUACUCUUUGAAUCGUGGCUUAGCUUUUUUCACCUUCUUUGCAAUUCCCCGGCAAAGUUGGCCUAGUCACAU